CCAACCAAUCCCGAUAUCCACAGCCUCUUUCUCCAUUGGACCAGAACUGUCCCAACCAAAACCAGAAACACCUACUGCAAGAACACCAACACCAAACAAAAAUAUAAUAAAAUUGAAGCACCAGAAAAUACAACAAAAGGAUAAAAAUAUUACCACACCACCAGGAGCGCCGUGCGCGCAGUCCUCCAUUGUUCUUGGGAAUCUCGAGAGGAAGAAAGCAGUGGGUCGUCUCUGAACUCCCGGCCAGUUCUUGGCUUCAUGGUUUCUUGACGUCCUCGUGGUCCAGGAACUCGGGGGGUUUCUUAGACCGGUAGUUCUUGGAUUGGCCAGCCAUGUCGGUCUCGUCCUCGUCCAUGUUCGGUGGGGACGCCGGGAUGAGGAGCGUGGUGUGGUUCCGGAGGGACCUCAGGGUGGAGGAUAACCCGGCGCUGGCUGCGGCAGCGCGCGCCGGCGGGGAGGUGGUUCCAGCGUACGUGUGGUCGCCGGAGGAGGAAGGGCCGUACUUCCCAGGGCGCGUGUCCCGGUGGUGGAUCAGCCAGAGCCUGAAGCACCUGGACGCCUCACUCCGCCGGCUCGGAGCAGGCAAGCUCGUCACCCGGAGGUCGGCCGACGCCGGCGUCGCGCUGCUUCAGCUCGUCCGCGACACCGGCGCCACGCACCUCUACUUCAACCAUCUCUACGACCCGAUCUCACUGGUCAGGGACCACCGUCUGAAGGAGAUGCUAACGGUGGAGGGCAUCAUCGUGCAAUCUUUCAAUGCGGACCUGCUGUAUGAGCCGUGGGAAGUCGUUGACGAGGAAGACAAACCAUUCACCAUGUUCGCGCCGUUCUGGAACAGGUGCCUCAGCAUGCCGUAUGAUCCCCCCGCUCCACUUCUGCCCCCAAAGAUGAUCAAUUCAGGUGACUUAUCAAUGUGCCCGUCAGAUGACCUGAUCUUUGAGGAUGAGUCGGAAAGGGGAAGCAAUGCUCUUCUGGCACGAGCAUGGUCACCGGGGUGGCAGAAUGCAGACAAGGCGCUAACAGCCUUCCUGAACGGUCCUUUGGCUGACUAUUCGGUGAACCGCAAGAAGGCAGAUAGUGCAAGCACAUCCUUACUUUCACCUCACCUGCAUUUCGGUGAGCUUAGUGUGCGCAAGGUCUUCCACCUAGUUCGUAUGAAGCAGCUUGUGUGGAGCAACGAGGGCAACCAUGCUGCCGAGGAGAGCUGCACCCUGUUCCUCCGUUCCAUUGGCCUGCGGGAAUACUCACGGUAUCUGACCUUCAACCAUCCGUGCAGCCAUGAGAGGCCUCUCCUGGCGCACCUCAGGUUCUUCCCAUGGGUGAUCGAUGAGUGCUACUUCAAGACUUGGCGCCAGGGAAGGACUGGGUACCCUCUUGUUGAUGCUGGCAUGAGGGAGCUGUGGGCGACAGGGUGGUUGCAUGACAGGAUACGGGUGGUGGUGUCAAGCUUUUUUGUCAAGGUCCUUCAACUACCGUGGCUCUGGGGUAUGAAGUACUUUUGGGACACUUUACUAGAUGCUGAUCUUGAGAGCGAUGCACUGGGCUGGCAGUACAUCACCGGCUCUCUUCCUGAUGGCCGAGAGCUCGACCGCAUUGACAACCCUCAGUUUGAAGGCUACAAGUUCGACCCGCAUGGGGAGUACGUCCGACGGUGGAUUCCUGAGCUUGCAAGGCUGCCGACAGAAUGGAUACACCACCCAUGGGAUGCACCUGUUUCCGUGCUGCAAGCUGCAGGAAUCGAGUUGGGCUCCAACUACCCUCUCCCCAUAGUUGAGCUAGACGCAGCCAAAGCCAGGCUUCAAGAAGCCCUGUCAGAAAUGUGGCAGCUGGAGGCAGAAUCAAGGGCCACAAUGAACAAUGGAAUGGAGGAAGGCCUCGGCGACUCCUCAGAGGUCCCACCGAUUGAGUUUCCACAAGAACUACAGAUGGAAGUCGAUCGGCAGCCAGGCCAGGCAACGGCCAAUGUGCUGAUGACUGCUCGGAGACGCGAGGAUCAGAUGGUACCUACCAUGACGGCUUCACUGAACAGAUCUGAAACAGAGAUGUCUGCCAAUCUGGGGAACAGCGAGGACAAUAGGGCAGAGGUUCCGUCCCGUGCACAUUUCGAACCUCGAGUUGAGAUGGAAGAAACGAUCCAGAAUACUGAAGGUAAUGCAGCUAGAAUCAAUGGCGUUCACCGGCACAAUAUCUUUCAGCAAUCUCAGCACCGUAGGCGAGACUUUCUUGCGCCAUCUGCAUCAGAGGCUUCGAGUAGCUGGACCGGGAGAGAAGGCGGUGUGGUCCCAGUUUGGUCGCCUCCUGCAGCAUCAGGCCAUUCAGAAACUUUUCCUGCUGAUGAAGCUGACAUUUCUAGUAGGAGUUAUUUGGAUAGGCAUCCACAGUCACACCGAUUGAUGAACUGGAGUCAGCUACCACAGUCAUUGUGAGUUUGGAUGCACGGUAACCCAUUUUUCUCAGACAACAGGCUGGGAAAUGGAAAAUUGCGUGCAGCCAAACCUAAUUGGUUAGGGUUUUCUCAAGAUGGAAUUCAUAUGUAAAUUGUCCACUCAGUUGCUCAUCUAUAGUCUGAUGGGUAUGCGAAUCAGACAGGUUUUUCCUGAAUGCAAUAACAGUUGUGUAAAUUCUAAUCCUCUAGAACUUAUGUGAUAUUGGGUGGUUGGCAAAAAAAAUCAUUAUUAUUGAUCAGACAUUGAAGGUUUUCCUUGUCUUGUGCUUAUAUUUUUUGUAGAGGAGUGUUGAUGUCUAUAGCUGUACAUUCCCCUUGUGUUUCUCUGUUGACCAUUGGCAAUCUUUAUGCACUCUUAUCAGUCU